AUGGCAGAUCUGAGAGGCCACCCUGGGCAUUCGGGCAUGUGGUCAAGUUAUGGUGGUUCAGUGCACAUCCCGGGUCGGGUCCCCGAUUCCAUGCCGUCAACUUCCUCGCCGCUCUCUGGACGAACCAGCAGCAACCACACGGAGAUGGACCAGCCUUCGUACUCCUACAGUCGAUACCCUCCGGACGACCAAGAGGCGUAUGAGAGGUCAGCGCAUCCGGAAAUCGUCUCUCAUCACGGCUACCCCAAUCUCAAGAGGUCCUUUUCCGAGACGGAGCCACCCGCGUAUCAGGAGAUCGUCCAGGAUCUCCGCGACGACAACUCCAAGAUGAGCGCCAGCCACGAGCACAAGCUCUUGGCCUUUAAGAGGACCCAGGACAAGAACACCAUCGUCGACCAGCAAGGCCGUGUGCAGCAGCUCGAAUUGUCUGCUCAGCUUCACGGCAUGUUUUUCCUUUCGGAAAUGCCCACAAGCACAGCCGACGGCUCGCUUCGACAGCCGGAACUGACCUGCUACCGGAGAAAUCUCUUCCAGAUCAGCGGCUCCCUUGUAACUCCGCGUGGUCAGCUCUCUGUCAUCACCGAGGCGGGAGAAACUGUGGCAGUAAACAGCACCGAGGUCACCAUCUCGGCCAUCGAGUCUGUCGAUGGCAACCCCGUCCGGUUGAUUGUUAUCCCUUGGAAGACACCUCCACCAAACUCGCCCGAGACCAACCAGAGUCCUGACCAAGAACCCCAAUCCCUCCCUCUGAUUCCCUUCCAGGAAGAUGGAACAGAAGCGGAAGGGGAGUUUGCCGUGUACCCCAUCGGCUGGCGUCGACUGCAGUUUAGAAUAGAAUCAAGCGCGACAGCAAACAACGGUCGACGAAAGGAACUUCAGCAGCAUUUCGUAUUGCACUUGAAGGUGGUUGGAACCUUGGCCAACGGCACCAAGGCUGUAUUGACGGAGUCCACGACUGCGCCUAUCGUGGUGCGAGGCCGAAGCCCUCGCAACUUUCAGGCCCGCAAGGAGAUCCCUCUUCUGGGAUCAAGCGCAGGAUCCCGUGGACAAGCCCUUGUGGAAACUGGGCUGGGCGUUGUUGCAGGACCGUUGAGUGCGAAGCACCAGGAAAAGGCCAGAGGCAUCGACACACAGCUACCGCGAACCGCGUUUACCUUUAGCGCGCCUAAAAUGCCCGGCACCCAGCUAGGGCCCAUACGAUCCAAUUCGUACCCAACUUGGACGUCGCCGACUCAGGUGCCAAUGGGACAGGUUCCGUCCUCUGGUCCUGAGAGUUAUCCACCGGCGACAAUGGGACCCCUUACAGGGACCACCAACUUUACUGCCGAACCACAAGGGCUGCCUAUCCAAACGUCGAUGGAGCCAUCCGUGCCGCUCUCCAUGGUGGCCACGGACUCGGAGCACCCACCGGUUCGGUCUCAAUACACCUACAUGCAGUCAACGACAGCUCCUCCGCAACUGUCGAUUCACACGGCGCCGCUCGGCGGUCACGAGCACGCAAUGAACAUUCCUCGCUAUGUCGACAAUCCGCGACCACUUAAGAGUCCCCGUCAUAUGAGUCACCCAUCCAUACGCAGCGCGGGCUCGAUAGCGAACAACGAUGCCUCCCCUGAGUACCGAUACGGGUCAUACGCACCUGUCCACACAAGCCCUAGCGAUGUGGCGCAACCGGGCUACAACGCUGAGUCGUCUGCGCCGCCAUCGGUCCCGGCGAGGGACUACUACCCACCCUCGAACACUUGGACGACGGCAGCGGGAGAGCACAGCAACAGCAUCGCGUACGCCAGCAAUGAAGCGCGUCCGUACCCAUUCCCCCAAGACCAGUACAAAAACAACACGGCCGGCGCUUCGCCAGUCAAGACAGAGUCGAGCCAAUCGCAACCUCCAUCGGUCUACAACGGUGGGCAGCGAGGCUCAUUUGAUGCCAUGAACCAGUACUCCUGGAACCCCAGUUAG